CCCCGCAGUGUCGUCAAAGAAAUUAACAAGAUAAACCAGGCUGAACUAGACCUGGGAUUGAGCGGCGCAUCAUGGCAUGACGAAUACAAGGAUUCGGCAUAUGUCUUUGUUGGAGGUUUGCAUUUCGACCUGACGGAGGGCGACGUUAUCACCAUUUUCUCUCAAUAUGGAGAGGUAAUGGAUCUCCACAUGCCUCGUGACAAGGACACGGGAAAGACGAAAGGAUUCGGAUUUCUGAUGUACGAGGAUCAACGGUCUACAGUGCUUGCCGUUGACAAUCUCAAUGGCGCAAAGGUGCUGGAGAGAACGCUCAGGGUUGACCAUGUCAAAAACUACAAGCAGCCCAAA